AAAUAACGAGGACGUUUUGGAAUACAUCCUUUCACAGUGCUUGGAUCCAUCUGAUCUUCCAAAAGAACCUGCAGUAUCAGGGUAAGCUGCCUUAUAUUUCUCGAGAUUUUCGUCCAUAUGAAUUGUACAUGGAUGUCAACGACUAUGUCACAAGGUGGUCAUUAACCAGGUCAGAAGGGAAGCUCGAGGACCUCUGACUUGCCCCUAGCUCCCUUGCGAAAUUGUCGACUACCCACUGGAAAAAUUCUGACCAAUAUACAUAUGUGCAUUACAUUUUCAUUAUCCUUCAGUUUAAAUUAUAUAUCUUGCAAGGGUUUAAGUGUUUUGGAUCGUUAUGUUCGUUACAGUCUCAAAUUGAUUACAAAUGGGAACUUAUAUGUCCCAUUGUAAUUUAUUCAUAAUAUAUUCAUAAUAUAUAUUUUGUUGAAAAUUUGCAUGUUUAUAUAAGCUCGGAUCAACCGAGGAUUAGGGCGCCGGAAGAGUGCGUGAUAUGCAUUUUUUUAAAUUGUAAGAGUUGGAACGCUCAUCAAGUCACUUUUAUUUUGUUAAUCUAGAGCUUGAAAUGUACCCCGUAACAAUGUGUAACUGGCAAUUCUCAUGAACUCUUUUGACUGGGCUUUUUACGCAACAAUUUACCUACGUACACAUGAUAACAUUAAUGCCGCUGCGACUGUUCUCAAAGUUAAUUUCAAAAAAGAGAUUAAUAAACAUUAUAUAAUCGUGUGACAUAUUUGCUCUGGUUAGACAACUUCAAUUAUUAUUGCUGAUGAUGAACAGUAAUCCCGCACUGGCAGCUCAGUUUGAAGGAAGUCCAUGGAUUCAAGCUGAGAAAGAAAAGAUGGAAAAAGCAAAAAAGCUACAAGUAAACGUUUCAUUUUAAAAAUGUUUUAGAUUGUUGGUUUGUAUUGUUAUUCACUGCCUAUUCAACACAUGUUAUCAACGUAUGCGUAGCGAAUGAACAACUUUCGAGUAAUUAUCCCGCGCUUGUUACAAUUGAUAGUUUUGUUCAUAUUCAACGAGAAUAAGCAAUAUACAAACUAAAAGUCUGUUCAAACCUGUCCAACAUGCUGCAUGGCCAUGAUCCAACAAUCGCUAAUAAGUAAGAGAAUAAUUUUAUUGUAUUUAUUUUACUUUGCCAGCCACAACAGUGUUAAGCAAUUAUUGUGGGUGCU